GCUACGAAGAAGAAGAGGAAAGCGGCCCAGUACUGAUUACUCAACUUUCAAGUCAAUAUUGUACGUGUACUUCCUAAUUAGUUUGUACUUUGACAAAGUAUUUGCAAUACCUCGAUCACUCCCUCUCCUCGGGAUGGAGUGGCAGCCAGAUGAGCAGGGACUUCAGCAGGUCCUCCAGCUGCUCAAAGACUCACAGUCACCCAACACGGUCACACAGAGAGCUGUCCAACAAAAACUUGAGCAACUCAACCAGUUCCCCGACUUUAACAACUAUCUCAUCUUUGUCCUUACGCGACUCAAAACUGAAGAUGAGCCGACUCGCUCUCUGAGUGGUCUGAUACUUAAGAACAAUGUUAAAGCCCACUACCAGAACUUCCCAUCAACUGUCGCUGAUUUCAUCAAGCAGGAAUGCCUCAACAACAUCGGCGAUCCCUCGCCGCUCAUCCGUGCCACCAUUGGUAUCCUGAUCACUACUAUUGCCUCCAAAGGAGAGCUGCAAACAUGGCCCGAGCUGCUGCCUCAGCUCUGCAACUUGCUCAACUCAGAGGACUACAACACGUGCGAGGGCUCGUUUGGCGCGCUGCAGAAGAUCUGCGAGGAUUCGUCGGAGCUGCUGGACAGCGACGCUCUGAAUAGACCCCUCAACAUAAUGAUACCUAAAUUCCUUCAGUUCUUCAAGCAUUGCAGCCCCAAAAUUAGAUCUCAUGCCAUAGCCUGUGUGAACCAGUUUAUCAUCGGCAGAGCCCAGGCCCUGAUGGACAACAUCGAUACGUUCAUAGAGAGCCUGUUUGCGCUGGCAGCAGAUGAGGACUCUGAGGUGAGAAAGAAUGUGUGCCGAGCCCUGGUCAUGCUGCUGGAGGUCCGCAUUGACCGCCUCAUCCCCCACAUGCACAGCAUCAUCCAAUACAUGCUGCAGCGAACCCAGGAUCCCGAUGAGAAUGUGGCUCUGGAGGCGUGUGAGUUUUGGCUGACUCUAGCAGAGCAACCAAUCUGUAAAGAGGUGCUGUCCGGACACCUAGUGCAACUGAUCCCUAUCUUAGUAAAUGGGAUGAAGUAUUCUGAGAUAGACAUCAUACUACUGAAGGGUGAUGUGGAGGAGGAUGAGGCGGUACCAGACAGCGAGCAGGACAUCAAACCCCGUUUCCACAAGUCACGCACGGUCACCUUGCAGCACGAAGGAGGGGAGGGAGAGGAGGGUGAGGACAUUGAGGAAGAUGAUGACGACGAUGAUGACACGCUGUCUGACUGGAACCUGAGGAAAUGUUCGGCUGCAGCAUUGGACGUGCUGGCCAACGUGUUCCGCGACGAGUUGCUGCCCCAUCUCCUGCCACUCCUGAAAGGCCUGCUCUUUCACCCUGACUGGGUCAUCAAGGAGUCUGGCAUCCUGGUGUUGGGGGCCAUAGCUGAGGGCUGCAUGCAGGGCAUGGUUCCCUACCUUCCGGAGCUCAUCCCUCACCUCAUCCAGUGUCUGUGUGACAAGAAGGCUCUUGUCCGCUCCAUCGCCUGCUGGACCUUGAGUCGCUAUGCACACUGGGUGGUCUCCCAGCCCCCCGACUCGCACCUCAAACCCCUUAUGACAGAGCUCCUGAAACGUAUCCUGGACAGUAACAAGAAGGUGCAGGAGGCUGCCUGCAGUGCGUUUGCCACUUUGGAGGAGGAGGCGUGCACAGAGCUGGUGCCCUACCUGAGUUACAUCCUGGACACGCUGGUCUUUGCUUUUGGGAAGUACCAGCACAAGAAUCUCCUCAUCCUGUAUGAUGCCAUAGGAACACUGGCAGAUUCAGUGGGUCACCAUCUCAAUCAGCCCGAAUACAUUCAGAAGCUGAUGCCCCCUCUUAUUGCUAAGUGGAAUGAGCUGAAGGAUGAAGACAAGGAUCUCUUUCCCCUACUGGAGUGUCUGUCGUCAGUAGCGACCGCCCUGCAGAGUGGGUUUCUGCCCUACUGUGAACCUGUCUAUCAGCGCUGUGUCACACUAGUGCAGAAGACACUAGCUCAGGCUAUGAUGUACAACCAGCAUCCAGACCAGUACGAAGCUCCUGACAAGGAUUUCAUGAUCGUGGCCCUGGAUCUGCUGAGCGGACUUGCUGAAGGUCUGGGAGGCCACGUGGAACAGCUAGUGGCUCGCUCUAACAUUAUGACCCUGCUCUUCCAGUGCAUGCAGGACACCAUGCCUGAGGUGAGGCAGAGCUCCUUUGCUCUGCUGGGUGAUCUAACAAAGGCAUGCUUCCUCCAUGUGAAGCCCUGUAUUGCCGAGUUCAUGCCCAUCCUUGGGCUCAACCUGAACCCAGAGUUUAUCUCUGUGUGUAACAAUGCUACCUGGGCCAUUGGGGAGAUCUCCAUGCAAAUGGGUGCAGAAAUGCAGCCUUACGUGGGCAUGGUGCUGCCACACCUGGUGGAAAUCAUCAAUAGACCCAACACCCCCAAGACUCUACUGGAAAACACAGCCAUUACAAUUGGCAGACUGGGUUUCGUGUGCCCUCAGGAAGUGGCGCCACAGCUGCAGCAUUUCAUUAGACCAUGGUGCACGUCAUUGAGGAAUAUAAGAGAUAAUGAAGAGAAGGACUCUGCUUUCCGAGGUAUCUGUGUGAUGAUCGGCGUGAACCCUGCAGGAGUGGUGCAGGACUUUAUUUUCUUCUGUGAUGCUGUGGCCUCAUGGGUGAACCCCAAGGAUGACCUGAGGGACAUGUUUUAUAAGAUCCUGCAUGGCUUUAAGGACCAGGUCGGAGAGGAGAACUGGCAGCAGUUCUCUGAGCAGUUCCCUCCUCUGUUGAAGGAGCGCCUGUCAGCCUGCUACGGUGUCUAACCCAACCACUCCUUUGGUCCACACAGGAUACUGACCUGUUAGGUUAAUGAAGGGGAGGGUAGCAGGGGAACUCAUUGCACUGCCCAGAAGGUGGGGAGAAACUAGAGCUGGAGGGAUGUGACUGGCUUUGACCCUCUACUCUGUGGAUGGCCUCCUUUCCCCCUCCCAUCCCCCCCGUGCCCUGUUUGUCUCUGAGGGAGGGUGGGAUGAGGGUGGUGGGUGUGGGGAGGGUAAACUGGGGAUACACACAUACCUCUCGGAAAAAAACGCCUC